CACCGGUUCUCCGCCUUAACGAGGCGGAAGUGGCGGCGGCGCCGCGCCGGAAGCGGGCCGCGGGGCACUGUGGGCCGGCGAUGGCGGCGAUGAGGGCGGUGUACCUGCUGCGCUCCGCCGCCCCUCAGGGCCGCGCCCGCGGCCGCACCUACGUGGGGUUCACGGUGGAUCCGCGGCGGCGGCUCCGGCAGCACAACGGCGGCAGGAGGAGAGGGGGAGCCCGCAGGACCAGCGGGAGAGGGCCCUGGGAAAUGGAACUUUUCGUCCACGGCUUCCCCUCCGACGUCGCCGCCCUCAGGUUCGAGUGGGCGUGGCAGCACCCAAACUCCUCCCGCUGCCUCUUGGCCCCGCCCCCUCGCCGGCCCCGGGAACAGCCAAUCAGCUUCGCCCUCCGCCUCUUGCCCCGCCUCCUCCGGGCCCCGCCCUGGUCCCGCCUCCCGCUAAGAAUCCGCUGGCUCCGCCCCCCUCGCCCCGCCCUGGAGUUGGCCCCGCCCCCUCACGUGGUGGAGGAGGAGGGGGCGGGGCUGCCGUGCCUUAAAAGGAAAAAGGGGCGGAGUCAAGAAGUGGAGGCGGAGAAUUGUGGGUGUGGCCUGUGUGGGGAGGUAAGGGGAGGGGCUUAA